AUGAAAUUUAUCAACGAAAAAUUCCGCGGAGCGGAAAUUAACGCCGAAAUGUAUAACAACCUGGACAAAGGUAUUGAUUACGGAUGUAUCUUCACUUCCGGAUGUUUGGAGGAAUGUAACCGGUGUCCGUUGUGCUUGUCAAGCAAGGAACAGCUUGUCGACGUUCUUGCCGGUAACAAACGUAGUGAAACAGGUGAAUGUGCAACGCUAGUGAAUUGUGCGACAGACUGUGUACAACGUUCAAAUUCUAAUUUACCACAAAUAAACCACUGUUUAAGGCAUAUAUGUGCUUACAGCUGUUUCGAUGGCAGUUGUUACAAGUGUUCAGGAUUUAUAACACGACUAUUCAACCAAAUUUGUGCUAGCGGUAACCUUAAAAGCACUGUCAGCAAUUUUCAGGUUACAAUUUUGCUUUUUUUUUUUCAAAUUUUGAUUUUUUUAAAAUCUCUUCUACACUUAAUGUCACGGGUACCGCCUAAUAAGACGAACAAGAAAUGUCAAAUUUUGGAUUAA